UUCACUGUUUUGAUUCUCAGCUCGGACAGGCGGGGCAGAGAUGGCGGAGGACUGGAAGUCCCCGUAAUUACUUAAAGCUGCCCUACUUAUCUGUUUCACGAAGAUAUAUCGGAGUAGACGGGAAAGCUGGCGGCUUUUUACGGUACUCGAUUCCUCCCGGAUGACAUGGAGACAUCGGCGGAGGGAGAGGCGGAGGAGCGCAGGAAGGAGCACUGGAAGCUUCUGUCCAGCCUGAAGACCACGGUGGAGGGCCUCGUGUCCACCAAUAAUCCCAAUGUGUGGUCACGUUAUGGCGGCUUGCAGCGGCUUCACAAGGACAUGAACAACAUCCUGAGCCAUGGGCUGAAGAAUGAGCAGGUGUACUACAAGCAGAGAGACUACUGGCCGUUUGUGUGGUGUGUUCGCUACAUCAGCCCUCAUCUCGCCUCUCAUGUUGAACAGUUCAGUCACCUGGAGCCGGUGCUGAGCAGCGGGACGCGGAGUGCUGGUGAGAGCUACAAGGCUGAGCGCUGGCUCCUCCACAGCUUACAGGUUCACUUGCUGUCGGCUCAGCUACGACCUCUGCUCCGGCAUCUGGGGCAUACACGGAAAUACUAUAAUGAUGAUGCCUUUCUGCUAAGCGAGCCCCAUGUGACCGCCAUGUUCCAGUGCCUGGAAGCUGUGGAGCAGAAUAACCCCAAACUGCUGGCCCAAGUAGACACUUUCGGGCUGUCCCCUCUGAAGGGUCCACCAUGUCUGGGCCUUUUGAAGAGCCAGAGCCUGUGUGUGUUGCCUGGGGCCGGUGGUGUUUGGAGGAACGCUGACUCAGCUCCCAGAGGAGAAUCUCUAAAUCGCAGACUCACCACCUCCAACUGCUCCCUCAGAGAAGCAGUCGCCACCAGUCACAACUCUGGGAACACUACGGGAGUCGGAUCCCAAAACAGCAUCAGCAAAAACACUACCUCUCCAGCCAGCAGCAUGGGAGCUCCCUGGGUGUGUGUGUCCAGGCGAGGGGAGAGUGAGCAGGGUGUGACACCCCCUCCUGGCCCCGCCUCGGUCCCUUGUAUUUCGCUCACAGAGCCCCCGUCCACCUCCCUUCAGCCUGAGGCCGGGGACUCUGGUGAGGGAGACUAUGACGAUGGUCCGGAGUACCUGGCUAUCGGUAACCUGGGGCAACGCAGCCGCUGUGACACCCAAAGCUCCACCCACAGCAGCGAGCAGGGCAUCAGCCAGGACCAGUCCCUGCAACGGAGUUCCAUAGCUCCGCCCGCACCCAGAUGCUCAUCUUUCUCAGAGGGCCAGAGGGGGCCCGGCCGGGGGCCCAAAGGACACACCCGAUCGUUUUCUGACACCGGGGUCAACCAAAAACUCAGGAACGAAUCAGCAGGGAACGACUGCUGUAUAAAGAACUACAGCCCUUUCUCACCUCAGUGCAAAGAUGCCACCUCUCCCAGUUCCCUCUACAUGGAGUCCCAUGGGUCCCAGAACAGUGUUCCUGAUGGGAUGUUCAGGAAGCCGUCGGAGGGUCAGAGCCUCAUCAGCUACCUGUCAGAGCAGGACUUUGGCAGCUGUGCUGACCUUGAGAAGGAAAAUGCUCAUUUCAGCAUUUCAGAGUCCCUUAUUGCUGCCAUCGAGCUGAUGAAGUACAACCUGCGGCGUCAGGAGGAGGAGGGAGAGGAGGAGGGAGACAGCGACUCUGAGAUUCAGCAGCUCAAACAGAAGAUCCGCCUGCGAAGGCAGCAGAUCCGACGCAGCCGCCUGCCGCCCUGCGCAAACUCCCAGCACAUUUUCAACUCCACUGACAGCGGAGGCUCCAGGAGGAGCUCUCAGGACUCGUGCCAGGGCCUGUCUGACUCUGGAUCAGCGGAGGAGGUGGAGGAGUGCGAACUACGAGAUGGCUGUGAGGGUCAGUCCCUGCUGGCGGUGUCUCAGAACGGCCUCUCCCUGUCACUCGCCUCCCUCUUCUCAGAUGCAGACAUUAAGCGUAGCGUAAGCUCCAGCAGCAGGUCUUUUCUCAGCUCAGAGUCAAUCUCUCCAUCCUUCCUCCAGUCUAACUCGGCUGAAUCAGUAGCCAUGGGUUUACUCAGGCAAUUUGAGGGCAUGCAGCUUCCUGCAGCUUCGGAGCUCGACUGGCUGGUCCCAGAACACGACGCUCCACAGAAGCUGCUGCCCAUCCCAGACUCUCUGCCGAUCUCUCCUGAUGACGGUGAACACGCAGACAUCUACAAACUGAGGAUUCGGGUCCGAGGUAACCUGGAGUGGGCGCCGCCCCGACCGCAGAUCAUCUUCAACAUUCAUUCCGCCCCAAAGAGGAAGAUAGUUGUGGCUAAACAAAACUACCGCUGCGCUGGCUGUGGUACCCGCAUCGACCCAGAUUACAUAAAGCGCCUGCGUUACUGUGAAUACCUCGGCCGUUACUUCUGCCAGUGCUGCCAUGAGAACGCCCAGGCGGUGGUUCCUGGCCGAGUGCUGAGGAAGUGGGACUUCAGCAAAUACUAUGUCAGCAACUUUGCCCGGGACCUGCUGAGCAAGAUCGCCGGAGACCCGCUAUUCAACCCCAAUGACAUCAACAGUGGCCUGUACAAGAAGAUUAAAGCUCUGGAGGCAGUCAGGGUUUUGAGAGUGCAACUGUUUCACAUGAAGAAUCUAUUCAAGACGUGUCGCUUUGCUAAAGAGGUGCUGGACCAGUUCGACAGCCUGCCAGGUCACCUGACAGAGGACCUUCAUCUAUUCUCCCUCAGUGACCUCACCGCUGUGCGUAACGGGGAACUGGCUCCCCGAAUGAAAGAGCUGCUUAAGAUUGGUACCAUGCACGUAGCUGGCUGUGUGCUGUGUCAGGCAAAGGGCUUCGUGUGCGAGUUCUGCAGCAACGACAAAGACAUCAUCUUCCCCUUCCAGCUGAACAAGUGCCAGCGCUGCGAAGAGUGCCAUGCGUGUUACCAUCGCAGCUGUUUCCGGACGGGCAAAGACUGCCCUCGAUGUCAGCGGCUGGCAGAGCGGAGAGAGAGGAUGGCGCGGAAAAACAUGGAGGAACGAGAGGACGAGGGAGGUGGGCCCUAGUGCCGGUAACAGAAGACACUCUGAGACAAAAGAAGAGCACAAUGCGACCAUGAUUGUAGUGACUGACCACCUUUCUUUCUGUUCCAGUCCUCACACACCUGGGUGACAAAACUGCAAACUAAUGUUUUAAGCUCAAGAGAUUGCCAGAUGUGCAGGUUUUACUACAUCGGUACAUCAGUUGUGUUGAGUUGGCUACUGUUGAUUUCCAGUUACAUUUAGUGUAAGCUAGUCCCCUUUCACACAUGCACUCUACUCUGUGAGUAGGGUUAGUUUUUGUGUCAGCGUAAUUUUUGAAAAGGAGUUGAUUUUUCCAUGAAAAUGUUGUGACUUUUAAAGAGACAUCAGGCUUCCCAAUUUUUUUUAGCAGGAUUUCUUUAAAAAUACUCUUUUUCUUAAACCUGAGAUUGGCUCAAAAAAAGAAGAUAUUUAAACACGUUUCCUUGCACGUAAUAAAUAAAAGUAUAGGACUUGAACAUGUCUGGCUUUGGAGACUCCUAUUGGCAGUAUAAAAAAAAAGAAAAAGUUGUUUUGUGACAAAAGUGUAAAUAACAAAACCCUCUGACUUACAAGACAAUUUAUGCUGACCAUGUUGCAGUUAAAUGUGUGAAAAGGACCUGAGAUUCACUAAACGUUUUGGUGUAAAGCUAAUAUAUUUGGGAUUGAACUAGAUCGGAAAAAACAAGCAUUUGCUAGACUAUUGUACCCAGGUUUGAUAUUCCUCCUGCCUUCAAUUGCAGCUUUUGGCAACAGCUUAAAUUUUGGUAAUUUUAAUGGCUACUGGCUUAGCUGAAGUUUGUUUUUGUGAUCAUGGCAGGAUGUAUCUUGCAAAUAUCUUAAAUCAAAUAGCAAGUAAAAAAUUAAGAUCUC